UAUGACCAGGGUUGACGUAACUCCUGCCAGCAUGUCUUACCAGCAAAACCAGCAACAGUGCCAGCCCCCUCCCAAGUGUCCUCCCAAGUGCACCCCAAAAUGUCUACCUAAGUGUCCCCCCAAAUGCCCACCGCAGUGCCCAGCCCCAUGCCCACCUCCAGUCUCUUCCUGCUGUGGUUCCAGCUCUGGGGGCUGCUGUGGCUCCAGCUCUGGGGGCUGCUGCAGCUCUGGGGGCUGCUGCAGCUCUGGCGGUGGUGGCUGCUGCCUGAGCCACCACAGGCCCCGUCUCUUCCACCGGCGCCGGCACCAGAGCUCAGACUGCUGUGACAGUGAACCCUCUGGGGGCUCUGGCUGCUGCCACAGCUCUGGGGGCUGCUGCUGACCAGACCUUGAACAUCACAGAGGAACCCUUAUGGUGAAACUUGCAGCCAGGACCUGUCCCAGACUGAUGCUUCUCCUGACCCUUUUUUCCCUUUCCAUGGGCUGACACGCCCUGUGAAGUGUUUUGUCUGUUGUCAUAGCCCAAGAGCCUAUCCUGGAUCCUCGCCUCACCUUCCCACUUUACCUCGAGCAACAAUAAAGCUCUGUUGCCUCUUCGUGAA